AUCUUGCGUCUUCUUAACACCAAUGUUGACGGAAAGCAGAAGGUUAUGUACGCCUUGACCAAGAUCAAGGGUGUCGGUCGCCGAUACUCCAACUUGGUCUGCAAGAAGGCCGAUGUCGAUCUGAACAAGCGCGCCGGUGAGCUUACCUCCGAAGAGCUCGAGCGUAUUGUCACGAUCAUCCAAAACCCUACCCAGUACAAGAUCCCCGGCUGGUUCUUGAACAGACAACGCGACAUUGUUGACGGCAAGGACUCUCACAUCCUGGCCAACGGUGUCGACUCCAAGCUCCGUGAGGAUCUGGAGCGCCUCAAGAAGAUCCGCGCCCACCGUGGUCUCCGACACUACUGGGGUCUCCGUGUCCGUGGUCAGCACACCAAGACUACCGGUCGUCGU